AUGAGGACGACCACCUUGUUAUUGGCGGGUGCGAUGUGGUCGGUCUGGCGGCGGAGUUCGGGACCCCGCUGUAUGUGUUCGACGAGGAUACCCUGCGGGGGAUGUGCCGCUGAGUUCAGGACGGAGUUCGGGACGCGCUACCCGAAUAGCCGAGUCGCAUACGCAUCGAAGGCGUUCGUGAAUCCGGCGAUCGCGCGAAUCGUUGCCGAAGAGGGUUUGGGUCUGGAUGUGGUGUCGGGGGGCGAGCUUGCGGUGGCGCGGGCUGCGGAUGUGCCGCCGGACACCAUAUAUUUUCAUGGGAAUAACAAGACGCCGGAGGAGCUGGAGUUCGCUCUGGACUAUGGCAUCGGGCAGAUUGUGGUGGACAGCUUUCAUGAACUGGAAGUGCUGGAUGCCAUCGCGGGCGAGCGGGGCGUAAGACAGGACAUUAUGUUGCGUCUGUCGCCGGGCAUUGACGCUCAUACCCAUGAGAAGACGACUACGGGGAUUCUGGACAGCAAGUUCGGGUUUUCGAUAGAGACUGGGGAUGCCGCGAAGGCGAUACGUCAGGCGAUGUCGGCGGCAAACCUUGACCUGGUGGGCAUACAUUUUCACCUGGGGUCGCCGAUAUUUGAGCUUGAGCCGUAUGAGUUGGGCGUCGAGGUGGUACUGAACUAUUUGACGCAGUUCAAGGAAGAGGGGCUCCGACUGGAGAUAUUCAGCCCAGGCGGUGGAUUCGCCAUCGGGUAUGUUCGCAGCGAGCCCCCUCCUCAGAUUGCUGAGUACGCCGAGUCAAUCACGAAGUACACCUCGCGGCUGUGCGAGGAACUGGGCUUUGGGACGCCGUUGCUGGUAGUGGAGCCGGGUCGAUCAAUCGUGGGGCGCGCUGGUGUUGCUCUGUACACAGUAGGGGGUAUCAAGGACAUCCCGACGGUACGGAAGUACGUGUCGCUGGACGGCGGGAUGGGCGACAACAUUCGACCCGCGAUAUACGGCUCGGAAUAUGAGGCUGUGCUGGCGAGCAGGAUGUCUGCUCCGCCUGCCGAGGUGGUUACGCUGGCUGGGAAAUACUGUGAAUCGGGCGAUGUGCUGGUCAAGGACAUCACGAUGCCAGUGGUGGAGCCGGGAGACAUCAUCGCCAUUCCGUCGUCGGGGGCUUAUGCGCCAUCGAUGGCGAGCAACUACAACCUGAACGGCAGACCCGCAAUCGUGAUGGCGAAGGAUGGGGACGCGCGGCUGAUUCGGAGGCGGGAGACUUAUGCUGACAUGAUGAUGGCGGAUGUGUUUUAG